UCAUUCGAAAACACCAAACUAAAAAGGAAAAUUGAAUCACACUUAACGUUCUAUCCCGACUCACCCAACAAGCGAAAAAAAAAGUUAGCAAACCAAAAGAAAAAAAAAGACGGGGAGAGAGGAUGCGCCGCCGCGGGCAACCGUCGUGACCUCGCCGCCGGUCUCCGGUCCAUGGACCCCGUCGCCGCCGUCGUCGCCAUCCUCACCAAGCUUAAAUCCCUCGGUUUCUGCGCUGAUCUCCGGAUCCCCGACGCCGCCGCGGCCUCUGACCCCUCGGAGGCGUUCGACGCCGUCCUCGCCGCGUUCCUGCGCGAGGCCUACCUUGGCGGGCGCGAGGCGCGGCCUAUCCCGGCUGCGCUCGGCGAUGGCCGCCGUGUCGACCUCCUCCGCCUCUUCCUCGCCGUCCGAGCCGCGGGGGGCUACGCCCGCGUGGCCUCCUCUACCGGUGGCUGGGCCGCCGCCGCAGAGUCCGCCGGCGUCGACGCCGACCUCGCGGCGGCUGUCAAGAUUCUCUACGCGAAGUACCUCGGCGCUCUAGACCGCUGGAUCCAGAGGCUCGAGGAAGCGCACGGGCCGUUCUUGGGCAGCGACAGGAAGAAAAGGCAAAAUCUGUUCAAUGGUUCCAAUGGAGUGGAGGAGGAGGAAGAAGCCCUCUUGGAUUGCGACGGGAGGGAGCAGCGGCAUGUGAUGUUGAAGAGGAAGAGGGGGGACAUGGUUGGGAUGCUGGGUUGGGUGAGGGAGAUAGCCGAGAAUGCUGGGGAUGAUGGUACUGUGGUUGCUGGGUCCGUGGAUGAGUACCUCUCAGUGGCAUUGGCGGUCAGGAAGGUGGUGACCAGGAAGAGGGUUCGCCGAGCAAGCAUGUUGAAUGGCUCACAUUGUCAGGAAGUAUUUCCGAUGGCUUGCGAUUGCUGUACAAGUCUGACCAAUGUUGGAGUUUGUGCAAAGGCAAAAUUACUGAAUGGUUCUUUAAUGCUCAUAGAAGGGGAGAACAACUUGGCUGGACAAGGAAAGUGUGAGACUAUAAUGCAGCAUGACUCUUCUGAUGGUUGUCGUUUUACAAGUCAGCAGAAGAAUGAAAUACCUAUUGGUCCUGGCUAUCAAGCACAGGUACCACAAUGGACUGGUGAGGUGCCUGUAAAUUAUGAUGAUCCGGAAACUCUGAAAUGGUUGGGAACAAAGGUCUGGCCUCCAAUAAAUGGGAACUGUAAAGCAUUGUUCUGUGGUGACCCUAUUGGCAAGGGCAGAGAAGUUGUUUGUGGUUGCAACCUUCCAGGAUCAGUGGAAUGUGUUAGGUUUCAUGUAGCGGAACGGAGAUUUAAGUUGAAACGUGAACUUGGUGCAGCUUUCUAUGCGUGGGGAUUUGAUCGUAUGGGGGAGGAGAUUGCACUUUCUUGGACAGAUGAAGAGGAGGCAAGUUUCAAGGCUGUAGCACAACGUAGUGCUCCAUCAUUGGGCAGGGAUUUCUGGAACCGUCUGCACUUAUUUUUUCAAUUUAAGGGAAGGAAAGAACUCGUGAGCUAUUAUUUUAAUUGUUUUCUUCUUAGAAGGAGGUGUUACCAAAACCGGAUAACUCCGAAGAACAUAGAUAGUGAUGAUGAGGAAGAGACAGAAUUUAGAUUCUUGGGUAAUCGUCUUGGUCACAGUGCAGCUAAGUAUCACAAUACCAAGCACACCAUCUGCAUUGAGAAUACACACUCUAUGGAUCUGGAUGAAUAGUUGCUGAUUUUAUUUUAUGAAGCUGGUUGAGGUCUGGUGUUAAUUCACUGUCCUCCUUGCUGGGAGACUGAGCAGAUGAUGUUCCUCUUAGUGAUUUAUUUACAUUGCUGACACAGCACGAGUUGCUACAAAGCCAAUCAUUAGAGAAGUUACGACAUCAGUAAAUGGAUUGGAGCCUGAUCCACGGUAGAAUUUGAAACUCACAGGGAAGUCAGGUGAUACUGGUCAUUGAGCGCUUACAUGGAUGUAUAUCCAGCAGUGAGAUAUGCAAUGAUUUGACAGUGUUAUCAUUAAUUCUUCCUUUAAGGUAUCAUGUGUAUCAGUUCUUUUCUUAGUUUUAUUCUCCUUAUGAAUCAUUAACUGAUUCAUUAUCCACUAAGUAUAGCUGUCAGUAGAAUGCUCUAGGCUUCUUUGUUGUAUUUCUCCAGGGGCGGGAUGUAGAUGAGCAUAUAUGUAGUAGUUAGUGUUUUGAUAGUGGUGCUGUUGUUCAUUGUAGAUACUGCUUGUCAUUGAGAAAUUUAUGUGAAAUCUUCUUUUUCAACGUGACAAAUGGUAGGCCAACCAUUUGAUCUUUGUAA